AUGCAUCUGAAAACAUUACACAAAAUAAGGCAACUCAACCAGAAUGGAAUAAAACUGUUGCUUAUCACUAGGCUUGGCGUGCUAUCACGGAAUGGUGUUUCAAGUGCGCACAUCCAUUACUCAAAUGACAGCACGAGUCAACAUUGCAUGAACACCAAACAAGACCAGGACAAGGCCAAUAACCGAGAUAGAAAGAAGCCGUUCAAGAACUCAUUUUUAUAA